AUGCGUUCAUUCUCCUUCAGCAGCAUCCGCGGUUCCUUCCGUCGCUCCGCCUCUCCCUCCAAUAGCUCCGUCCACUCCAAUUCCACAGGCAGAGAAUCUUACGUCUCCCGCGCAUCCAGUCCUGUCAAUACCAUCAAUGCCAUCAUACAUCGCCAACCUUCCAUGGUUGAUCUUGAGGAAGAACGGAAGAGCUUUGGGAGUGGCUUGGAGAUCAUGGAGCCCAGGCCUAUUGUUUAUUGGGGGGGGAUCUCGGAUCAAGGUUCCGAAGAAGAAAAUUUGAUAUUGGAUUUUGAGGCUGAGUCGCUGGAGAAUCUAGAGAUGGAAAUGGAAAUGGAAAUGGAAUCUGAGUUUUAUUCGGGGCAUUCUAGGGUCGAUGCUGAUGCCGAGGCUGAAAAUGGAGAUGGAAAUGGAAACGGAAAUGGAGAUGGAGAUGGAAACGAAGAUGGAAAUGGAACUGGAGGGGUUCAAAAUGAGUUCGACUCGGAUGGUUCGGAUAACGAGGUUGACGAGGAAGAGGAAGAGGUCGCUUUGAUGUCGAUUGAGGCUGAGCGAUCGCAUACGGAGAUGAAUCUGGAAAUGGAUAUGGAUACGAAUAUGGAGAUGGAGAUGGAACUGGAAUUGGAUAAAUCACAAGCUUGGAAUCUCUAUCUGAGUCAUUUCUUAUCAACGUGGAAUGGGAGGAGUUAUGAAUUUGCUGCUAUUAUCUUUACGGCGAAUGCGUGGCCAGAUACACUGGUUGCUGCUUCUGUCCGAGGUAUCGUGAGGACUUUAGCAUCAAUCUGCUUCUCCUCAAGUGUUGGGAGAUGGGUUGAUAAGAGUCCGGAUCGAUUGAGGACGCUUUUGACUACGAUUACUGUUAAUAGGAUUGCAGUGAUCUGCGCUUCUAUAUUAUGGUUCUUUGUGGUUGAAUCUGAGAAUGGAGGUGGUAAGAAGAGAGUGCCUUUACUUGAGUCAAUAACAGACGAGGCCGCAUUCCGAGAUACUAUCAAGAUUGUCAUGUUUGUGCCAAUUCUUGGUUUUGGGAUUCUGGAAGGCUUAAGCGCUAGUGGGAAUAUGCUAUCGAUGGAAAGGGAUUGGGUGGUUACUGCUGCAGCACCGGAAGGGAAGGAAUAUGAUCUUACGCAUCUGAACUCCACAAUGAGGAGGAUCGAUUUGAGUUGUAAACUUCUUGCGCCGAUAUUGAUCUCGUUUCUGAUCUCAGCUCUGGGGAUGAGGAUUGGGGUGAUGGUUGUGGGUGGUAUGAGUGCUGCAAGUUGGGGUGUGGAAAUGUGGUGUGCGAGGAGGGUUUGGAGAUCUAAUAUUCGAUUACAGACACAAAAAGAUGCUCAAGAUGAUGACGUACCUUCGGAGAGUGCAGAGGUUCGGGGUUUGAUGAAAAAGCUUGCUCGAGGGUUUCGAUUGUACGGGAAAGACUUCAAGAACUACUUUACAUCGAAAGUCUGGAUCCCAUCUUUAUCUCUAUCUUUACUUCAUCUUUCGGCACUUUCAUAUGGAGCGACAUUCAUUACUUUCCUACUGAAUGCGGGAUUCUCGUUAGAUCUUAUUACACUGGCACGAGCAGCAGGAAGUGUGGUUGAAAUCAGUAGCACGGUUGUAACUCCUUUUGGUGUUCGACAUCUAUCUAAGGCUCAUGGACAUGGUCGAUAUGACCGUCUACAUGGAUCAGAUGAUUCUGAUGAAGCUUUGUUACAAGGGGAAGAUGAAAUCGAUGAAUCGGUUAGAGUUACUACCGGAUUGGAACGACUGGGUCUUUGGGGCCUUUCAUGGCAACUUAUUAACCUCAUACCUGUAACCCUCAUCCUCUGGGCUCUCUCCUCCACCGUUCCUUCCAAUCCUACUCUGCUGACUCGCAUCAUCCCAUCGACCAACUCGAUACUUCUUCCCCUCCUUCUUUUCACCACCCUCUCUUUUUCGCGCCUUGGCCUAUGGAUUUUCGACCUUACAACUCAACAACUAACUCAAACACUCGUCUCCCCUACUCAUCGCUCCUCAUUUACCGGUUGCGAAUAUUCUCUCGUUGCUUUCUUUGAGUUGGGCAAUAACGUAAUGGCGAUGAUUUGGUCAAGGCCAGAACAGUUUGAAUGGGUAGCGCUUGUAAGUUUAGGUGCUGUGGUUGUGAGUGCGACGCUAUAUGCUGGGUGGGUAAGAAGUGUUCGAGGGCAUUUGGUACAUUGGGAGAGGGUCAGUGGAUGUGCUGGAAAAUGCGGAAGGGGAUGA